GGGUGCUCAUAUGAAUUUUUAACCUUUUAGCUUCAAGUUUCCAUUUAGAUUUUAAUUUUGACUUCGUAUUCACUUUGAAAGCGUUAAACGGGAUUGCAAAAAGCGAACCUAUGGGAUUGUCAGCAUAAUCUUCCUCCUCACUAGCUGAUCAAAUUUCAGUCCUGAUUUGGUGAUGGCUGAUGCAGUAGUGCUCCAAUGAAUGCUAAUGAAAGCCGUUAUGGCGGCCAGUGAAGACUGGGAUACGAGCAAGGAGAACAUUCGGCCUCUACGCCAGGGUCGACAAGUAUCAUCGUUGGCCGAUGUCAGUGAGACGAAAACGCUGGAACUGAAUGCAAAACGACAGGAGUUUGAGCAGCGUAUUGCUGAACCUGCGGGAGAUGAUCCUCUUGCAGAAUGGGAUGCGUAUAUUCAGUGGGUGGAAAGCAAUUAUCCACGGGGAGGGAAGGAGAGCGGUUACAAUGAGCUUCUGACGCGAUGCUGUCAGCAUUUUCUGCAAUGUGACCAGGAAAGCAAGCGCUAUUUUCAGGAUGAACGAUUUGUGAAGAUUUGGAUUAAAUUUGCGACUAAAGAUCCAAAGUUGGUUUUGGAAAGUUUUUCUUUUAUGGAGAAGCAACAGAUCGGUACGCUUUCCCCUGUUUUUUACCUUGCCUGGGCAUCGGAAUUGGAAUCGGUGAGAGCCACACUGAAAGCAGAAGAAAUCCUUGACAAGGGCAUUACUGCCUGUGCCGGCUGUCCGGAUCACGUUCUGCGACUGCAGGCUGGUAAAAAAGCCUUGUUGGAUCGGGAUGCCCGAGCUUUGGUUUUGGACCCUGAAGCAUUUUCAGUAUUUGAUGAUGAACUGGAAGAGGAACGAACAGCCCUGGGAGCUUUGCAAGCAGUAGGGAAGGACAAAGGCGAUGCACCGGUUAACCGCAUUGGAGACAGUAAACUCCGUAAGUUCUAUCCUACUGUGGUCAGUGUGUUCAACGAUGCAGGCGAUAAAAGCGAUCGGCCCCACGCACCCGAAGAACCAGUAUUUCCGUCAACCAGUCAGGAACGGGAAAACACGAUUGCAGUCACCAAAUUCGAAAAAUCUCGAAAUAAACAUGCGGUGAAAAUCGUCCCGGCUAGGGUAGACAAUCCAUUUGAAAUCCACCGCGAUCCACCGGAAAAAUCAGCGAAAGAAUCUCGCCGACCCAUAACAGAUCACCGCGGACUGAAAAGCCGGGAUUCCGUCAAAGAGGAGCAGCCGUUAGAGAGUAUUCUAAAUACACCAGUGGCGCCUUCGAAUGGCUUGGUUUGCUCCGUCGAUUGGAGCGUGCUUAAUUAUAAAGAUCCGGGAGCAAAGAAGCGUGAGCCCGCCGUCGAUCGUUUACCAUGCAGUAGCAAUAUCCCGUAUGAGCCAGCUCCCCCUGCACCAAAUGGGCAGGUUUUCGCAUGGAAUUACUCUCUAUUCCAAGAAUCUCAGGAGCUGUCCAUAGAAGAAGCCUUGUGUAUAUCUUAUCGCCGCACCCGACAAAGCCAGCAGCAAAAAGAGGAUGCUGACAAGAUUUUGGCUGAAAAAUUAGCUGCUGCAAAGUUGGAAUUGGCUGCGGCCGAGAAUCAACGUCAAAUUGCUGAGUAUGAGCGCAGAAACGUGCUGGUCGAACUCGCCGAAAAGCAGAAAGUCUUGGAUGAAAGACUGAUUUCGCUUCAACAGGAGCGUGGGGCGUUAGACCAUUUGCAGCAGGAUGUUCAUCAUAAAAUAGCUUUGCUUCACGAAAAAAAUGCAGUUUUGGAACAGAAACUGCAAGAAGCUGGUGAGAAGUUAGUGGAAAUCGAUCAGUUAAAACUGGAGGCGGAGGAGCAGUAUCGGUUGGCGUCUGAUGUCCACAAGUCCAAUGAAGAAGAUCUAUUUGUCACGGAAAGUAUCGCGAACGGGUUAAGCUCGUGUUUAACGGCUUUACACAAAGAUAUCAAUAGAAAUGAUAUGGACGCAUGGGACUGUAUGUUCAACUUUGCAUACGAUCUUCAGCGGCGUCUGGAGCGCAUCACGGAAAGUCAACAUCACUCCGCUACGGCCUGGGUAAAUAUGAUGCACGAAGUUGCAGGGCGAAUACUGAGCGCUAUCCAACAGCGACAGCUACCAGAAGAGAUGCAAAACGGAAUUUCCGAAGACCAAACAGGAAUGAGAAACGAUUAUUUUGCCGGAAAUGAGAACCCGGAACAGUCAGACAAUAUCGUACUCAGCCAGGGACCGUACCAAUCUUCUCAGCCUCUCAGUGGACGCCAGAGUUGGUCAGAGCAUCCGGUUAAUCCUGCCAUCAAUGCUAUGUGGAAUCAGACUUUGAACGGGACAAGCAGGGAAAGGUCUGCGGCAUCUGGGUUGCUAGAUACGGAUGAUGAAAAUGCAGGAAGGGCUUUCGGUGAUAACCGUUCUCCAAUGCGACACAGUUUUGUUGUCAAGCGAGAACGGCGGUCUUUUGAUAUGGGAGGUGAAACUUGUGAGAUGUUCUCUAUCUACGAAGAUUCUCCAGAAGCUCGCCCCUCUGACAAUCACAGUUCACCCAUGGGCUUUGAGAUUUUUCAGGACGAAGUUGCCGACAUUCCUGCGGCUGUAUGCAUUCCGGAUGCGGAUGAAAGGUUGCUUUGUUCUGAUACUGUGGAAGAGCUCGGUAAUCGUCAAGUGGAAAUCUCAACACCUCCGGAAAAAUUGGAUGACAACCAGAAAGGAUCUGAGGCCGUCCUCGAAUUAAGUGGUCAGGACACGGGCAGCUCUAAGGACGACGAUUACAAUAAGAAAAGUCCGGAGAAUUGGAUAUUUGUGAAAGUGGAACAUGAUGCCGCUAUUGAAAUGGACAGCCCACAAGACGUCUGUAAACCGGAUCCGAUAACCGCGCGGAAAAGUUUGAACCCUGGAUUCGCGGACGAAUUUAGUUCCACACGGAAAAGUUUGGCUUAUUUUGAUCAAACUAUUCAGCUGGAAUCGGAAAGUCAGUUUUUCGACCAUAUUGAUUUUGAAAAGUGCAUGGCAUCAACGCCCAAAACAAGACUGAAAGAUCCAGAAGCAAGUGGUAUAUCGGGUCAGUCUCCUGAUGAUUAUCGCCGGCGACAAUCUUACUAUCCGCUGAGUCCUAUACUGGAAGGCAGUCGUGAGAAUAAGACAUCCUCUUCAAGCAAUGCCAGCAGCACCAUCUCCAUGCACUUGCGAAGUAAAAAAAGUACCGGAAAUUAUGAAGCAGUUGAUGAAGCAGAAGAGAGGUCAGUGUCCGUCGAUCCUUACUGCGCCUCUUUUAUGGAGUCGUUCAAGGAGCGCCUGCGGGUCCGGGUUGAGACAGAUCCUUUGGUCAUUAUGUUGGAUGCCGAACUGCCAGAAAUUGUCUCCGGAAGAACUGUGCUUAGACUGGAUGGCAAAUACAUUGUGGAAGAAAAGCUAGGAGAAGGAUCGUAUGCCGCCGUGUACCGGGUCCGUUGUCGAAGUGAUGCCAGCAAUACCUGGGCACUAAAAGUUCAGCCCAAAAGUGGUUGGUGGGAUCAGUACAUUCAUAGCGAAAUCUUGCGGAGGUUAAACGCUUCGGCGGAUUAUCAAAAGUCCCUGCCCUAUAUCAUUAAUGCUCAACAGUUCUUCCGGCUGAAAGAUGAUGGUACCUACAAUUUGCUUCCACUUUUCGAACACGACACCAUCCUUAAGCUAGUCAAAGCUUUCCAGAAUUCUCCUGAAAAAUCUGUUCCGGAACCGUUGUGCAUGAAGUUGACGUUGGAUGUGCUGAGGGCUGUGGAAAGUCUGCAUAGUAUCGGCAUUAUUCAUGGCGAUAUCAAAGCAGAUAACUUCCUUAUUCAAGGUCUGAAAGAAAUGUCGCUCGCUGAAAGUGCGGAAGAAUUUGUUGCCAUUCCAUCGGCGGUCCUAACGGACUUCGGUUGUGGGAUUGAUACAACGUUGUUUGAAACGGGCACCACGUUUUCCACUAUGCGCAAAGGGAAAACUACGGCAGGUUUCGAGAUCCUACAGGGACGGCCGUGGACAUACGAGAUUGAUUUGUACGGAGUGCUGGAUGUCAUUCACACCAUGCUGUUUGGAGAGUACAUGAAAGUUUACGAAGAAGGUGGUAUCUGGAAGAUCACCAAGAGUUUCAAACGUUCGUAUUCCGAGAUUUGGUCCCAGACCUUCCAUAAAUUGUUGAACACUGCUUCCGCUGACCAGCUGCCUAAUUUAUGUGAGAUUCGAAAGGAAUUUGAGGAAACCACAGUCCGUCGUGUGCAAAUGAUGAAUGUCGGCAAGCUGAGCCGACAGAUUCGUGUUACUUUCUUUAUGCAGCGGAAAAGUUGUGUCCUGGCUCGUUGAAUCGUCUUUGGCAUGUUUCUCCAUAGUUUUGCUCAUUUGGUAAUUUCUCACUUUUUAUUCACGUUCAUGUUUUGCCAGUUUCCAGAAACUGUUGGGAGACUAUGAGCGUGUAUGCUGUAUUAUAAAUUGUUUAAUUGUGCGGUGCUUCUCCUUGAUGUGAGAUAGAAAAAAUUCUUUUGGCUUCCGCAGGAUGUAGUGAACUGAUGAUGCGAAUGCAGUUUUAAAACUGA